AUGGCGUGUGCUACAUUUUCUAUUCCCAUAACCAUUCCAGUUUCGAAAUCAGCAGAGGUCCCCAUCCCUGUGCCCACCUCACAUGAUUCUGUUCCCAUUAUCUCUGUGCUCGUGGGCAAAUCUUCCCGAAAAGGGAAAGAAAAAACUACUGUUUCAGGUACAGCCGAGAAAAGAAAAAUUGGAGCAUUGGAGGAUGUUGUCUACUUGUCUGAUUCCAAACAAUCAAAAAGAGGGUCCACAUUGCCACUCAGAAUGACAAGAUCCAGAUCAGUUUCAGGCCCAGUACCAAGUCCAGCCCCUGCACCUGCAACUGCUACUGCCCGCUCUGGCUCAAAGAUGAAACAACCCAAGAAGAAAUAUCAUCCUAUUUUGCUGUCUCCAGAUUUGAUGUCUGACUGGAAUGUUUAUGCUACUAGGGAUUUUAUUCUGGAGAAAUCCAUCAAUGUAGAGGAAUUGACAGAAAAAUGCAACAUUGUGCCUAUUUUGCGAGAUCAAUACCUGCUUGCCUCACUUGUUCAUAUUGGUCCGUACUCCAGAUGGCUCACUGCCGAGUUCUACACAAAUUUAACAUUGGAUACAUUUUCGGAGGGGUCACCGCGAUUUCAACAAGUCUUUAUUCGGGAUAAAUGGUAUCCCUUAAGCCCGACAGCAAUUAAUUCCUAUUUGGGUACUCCAAAUCAUCAAGCUGCUCCUGACCCGAGUCCUAAUCUCCUAGCCGCUGCUUUAACUCACAACAAGAUCGUCACUUGGCCAAACACCAGACUUGAAAGCUUAAAACUCACCACGGUCUACUCUGUUCUGUUACGGCUUGCUUCAACAAAUUGGAUGCCUGCUGUGCGUCAUCAUCUUGUGUCUGACCAGCUUGCUGCCCUUCUUUACAAGAUCAGGAACAGGCUUCCACUCAAUCUUGGAGAAAUCAUAUUUGGCCAUCUUGCUCAGUUUGUGCGACAUAGGGAACCUAAGGUACACCUACCAUUUCCUAGCCUCAUUUUUGGACUUCUACAGGAACACGGGUUCAAGCCCUACACGGAUGAGGAGGUGAUCACUAAUGCCUCAGUCUAUAAAUAUGAUGAUCGGUUGACAAAUAAGGAUCACUAUGAUGAUAGAGCUACGCUUUUGAUCACUCCCGGCGCACCAACUGCCACGCCCUCUGUGUCUGCCCCUGCAUCAUCAGCUGACACUGCCUCUGCACCGAAUCCCCGUCCUACGACAGCUAUCAAGGAACCUCCGACGCUCAUGGAUCGGCGUCAAAUUGUUCUCACUCUUCAAGCGUCAAUUGCACAAGUCCGAACCUCGGUUGCUUCUCAACAAAUAACCAUUGAUGGCUUAGAACAAUUGUUGAGUGCUCAGUUGGAAGAAAUCGCUAGAAUGGAGGCUAUCUAUGCUCGGAUUCGAUCUAACCCUGGCACUGGCACUGGUUCUAUUUCUGAGAAAGAUGAAUCUGAGUCGGGCACCCCGUCUGCAAGUUAA